UCCUCAUCCUUUUAUACAUACUCUGACACAUAGAGGAAAUUAUAACCCUUCUGUUGUUGGCUCUACCAUAUGGACGGAAGCCUCGAUGGACAAACAUCUUUGCAGUCAAACAAUAAGAGGAAAUGAGUAGAGGUAAAUUAUUAUUGUGAAAACAGGAAAAGUGGCUUUUAUUUGGCUACGUAGAGGCUUUUGUACAUGUUGUUCACCACAAAGAUGAGGGCACUGUUUCCUUUACGACUCAAAGUUAGCAUCGGUUUAAAGUGAGAAAACGGACCACUAACCGUUACAGUUCAAACGCAUUUACGUUACGUAACAUUACUACGAAGUUAACACCGUUAUGAAUUACCGACAAGGUGGAGAAAAUGAAGUUAUUACCUUUAGAAAAGUGUAAUUGAUUCUGGCUGCGCCUCUGAUUCCGUAUCGGCUCCUUGCGCGGGAAACUUUACGAGGGCGGACACUAACGGACAUCCACUUUGUAGUUCUUUUAGUGGUUCGAUGAGUUGGCGGCGGGCUGUUAAAAACUACAAAUCUCGCUUUACGCCAUGUUACGCUGCUGUCGUGAUAGUAGUUUUGUGUACUCGGAGAAAAUACAGUUGUUUUGCGCUUGUGUAGUCCACACGCACGGUUUUUUCUGCGUUUGGAUGAUUAUCUCUUUAAAUUUUAUGCUAAUUUAACAGGAGAAGGAGGAAAAUUUGUAGUCCGGCGACAAACUGAAGCGGAACCGUUAACACCAGAAAAGAGGCGGUGGGAUUUGCUGGGAAACACCGGAAACACUCAUUGAAAUUUGGGGGAGCUGGGACCAGUCAUACCAAAAUAGAGUGUUAUCAUCUUCUUGUGUCAUAUAUUGUUCAACAUAAUCUAGGAGGUAAAGCCGCGUUAGUGCAUUUGACAAAGAAACAUCAAGAAAUAUGCUCAUAAAAGUGAAGGUAAGGCACAGCAAUUGUGACUAUUAUCGAUUUUUUAACAGCAACCAUUGUGUGCAGUCUGUAAUGUAACUAAAAAUAACCUUAAAUUUACUCUAUUUUGUUUUAGACGCUCACAGGGAAAGAGAUAGAGAUUGAUAUAGAGCCCACAGAUAAGGUAAAAUAAUACAUUUCUAUUUCCUCUUUUGUGCUGCUUGAUGAUAAGGGAAUUAUGAAGUAAAUUAUGAUUUUUCAGUGUAAAGGAGUUUGUUUUAUUUCCAUCCAGGUGGAGCGGAUUAAAGAGAGAGUGGAGGAGAAAGAGGGGAUCCCUCCACAGCAGCAAAGGCUGAUCUACAGUGGAAAACAGAUGUAAGAUUAAAAAGGCCUUUUUGUUGUUUUAUGAUCUGGAUUUUUAUCAAUCAAUCAGUCUUUAUUGAUAUAGCACUUUUCAUACACAACCAUGUAGUACAAAGUGAUUUACACAGAUCUUAAUCUUUUAUUCUGACUGUUUCUGUGGUGAUAAAACAGUAUGAGGUCUAGAUUUUAACACUUGAUUUGUUUCUUCAUUCUCAGGAACGAUGAGAAAACAGCGGCAGACUAUAAAAUCCAGGGAGGCUCUGUCCUUCAUCUGGUGCUUGCCUUGCGAGGAGGACAAACCCUGUGCUCAUCUAGAAGUCCGUACUCCGAGCUCGCUUUGUAGCUCCUGAUUGGAAACAUGCCUCAGCCCUUACAAUGCCUUCAAGAAGAAGCAGAUACACCAAAGACUCCAUAGAGCUCUGGAGUCACCUGACGGCUUUGAGCUUUUGGUGGAAAGAGUUAGAUCCGGUUCUGCUUGUGUGGGCUUGACACCCCCCCUCCUAAAAUAAGUAUCACUGAACUGUUGAAACACUGUAUGUAUUAAAGCUUCCAUGGCUUUCAGAAAGAUUGACUACAAAGAUCUAACCAGGCGGCUUCGACAAAGAUCAACUGGUUAUAAAACAGAGAUAAGUGUACAUGACAAACAUCCUAAAAAUUUCAGUCUUUACCUUUGUAGUAUUUUUACUUUUUCUUUGUAAUUUGAUGAUUUUUAAAAUGUCCCCGUUUAUUAUUGAUACUGUUGUUUUAACAGCCAGCAAUUGGCCUAGCUCAGCAUUAAGACUGGUCGUUUAAGUGAAUCCAACACAGGUCUCUUAACAUAAUUUUAAAUACGGACUUAAAUUUUAUUUAUAUGUAUGGAGACCAAAGUUUAUCUUGUUUAUAGCUCAUCGAAAGCUAUUUGCUACUUUAUGUUUUGGCCGGUGGCCUGGAUGGUAAUGGUUCCAGACCCUCUGCAAUACCAAGAGCUAAACUCACAUGAAUUGACUGUAGCUUUAAACAAAACGAUUAAUGAGAGAGAUGAUCUGCAAAUGUCAAAAAGUUACUGUAAAGGAAAAUCACUUUAUGUUAAUCAUAAGUUUGCUCGACAUGCACUUUAGUAGGAUGAGCAUGUACGUCAGUUUUGGCUCCUGUAUCCUGACGGGACUGUUUAUCUUGUGAGAACCGAGAUGUUUUAGAACUAAGGAGUGCCUGUCUUUGGUGGCAGGUUACUAUCAUGGGUGUAUGUGAUGAUCUUGUGCACACAAGAUAGUUAUUUUGUUGCAACAUGAUUAUCAUGUACCCAAGAUGUUGAUCUUUGAAAAAAAGUGAUGAUCUUGUGCGCUCAGGAUCAUGAUUUUGUACUCAAGAUGUUACCUUUUUAAAAUAAGGGAUGAUCUUGUGCGCUCAGGAUCAUGAUCUUGUACCCAAGAUGUUACCCUUUUAAAAUAAGUGAUGAUCUUGUGCGGACUAGAUAGUUAUCUUGUUGCCACGUGAUUAUCAUGUACCCAAGAUGUUGAUUGAUGAAAAUAAGUGAUGAUCUUGUGCGCUCAGGAUCAUGAUUUUGUACUCAAGAUGUUACCUUUUUAAAAUAAGCGAUGAUCUUGUGCUGACAAGAUAGUUAUCUUGUAGAAAUGGGUGACUUUCUUGUACCUAAGAUGUUUUGUAUUAAAAAAAUGUGCUGAUCUUGUGCAGACAAGAUGAUUAUCUUGUUGCCACGUGAUGAUCAUGUACCCAAAAUGUUCAUUGUUGAAAAUAAGUGAUGAUCUUACGCGCUCAGGAUCAUGAUUUUGUACUCAUGAUGUUACCUUUUUAAAAUAAGGAAAUGGAAAUGGGUGACUUUCUUGUACUUAAGAUAUCUGUCAAAAUAUCUGGUAAUCUUGUGUGCACAAAAAAUUCUCACUUGGAAAUAAGAUUUUAUUUUGCGCACGCACAAGAAAAAAAUGUGCGAUUUUAGGGGCUCUCUAUGUGUCAGUGAUGAAAAAGCUCUUCUGGCUUUCCUGUGUGAAGAGUUGACCUGCGCCGGAUUAUUGUGUCUCUACAAUAAACUUGAGUUUACAGUCUUCUCAAACUU